AUGGCACACCCCGAGAUCUCUAGCCUCUCGAUUAAUGAUGGAGGGAAUAAGAAUAAUAUUUUGACGGGGAAACAAGAGCACUAUUUGAAGCGAGAGCUUAUUGGCACCCAGGUUAGAUUCGAGAUUGCAGAGCUCAACUCACCAACUGCGCUUCAGCGCUUCGGCGCCCCAUUUAGAUCACCACUUGGAGAGGUUGCUCCCGUGGAUAGUGAGCUGCCGAUUCUCAGAUAUAUUUUUGUACACCAUGUUCGAAAAUUUCCGUUUCUCAAUCAAGCGAAGGAGAAGGAGUUUUGGCAAGAUCGACUGCAAGUGUUCCUUGAGUCGUUUGCAAACAAACGCAUCUCCUCAUCCGAAGAUCGACUCGAAGAAACCAAACGUCGCAAACUCGCCCUGAAAUGUGAGAAGCUUGUUGAACUAAUGAUGAACUCUGGUAUUCCAACAGCUUCUGGAUAUGAAGAACGAGUAGGAUUCGAAGAGAUUGAGGCAGCCGGUGGAGCAGAUAGAGCAGCUCAUGAAGGCGGUCUAUUGAUAAAUGUACCAGAAGGAAACUGGAUUAACGGGUGGGACGUGAAUAUUGCUUCUGAAUUCCUUCUUCGCACGAAAAGAGUGAACCAACCUGAUGUUGUAGUAGGUCGCAGAUACGGCGCUUUUGUACGGCUGCACAAAGAAUUGCGACAAGAAAUCCCAGGAAAAGUCCUCCCACCCCUUCCCCGCAAAUCCCAAAGCUCCUCUGCAUCCGCGUAUCUUUCCCAGUCUACAGGCGAUGACCGCUCCUCAAUAUCUUCCAACUCAAGUUUGACAUCUUCGUCAGGCGAGUCUCACCCUAAUAACGGGAACGUUUCAAAAUCACAUGCCCGUUCACAUUCCCUUGGAUCAUCUCUAGGAUCAUCGCUUGGCCUUAGUAAAAGUCGAAAUGCAUCACGAAGCUCUCUUGAUCACCCUCCUGUAGAGCUUUGGCGCGAAAACCAGAGAAUAUCAUUAAGAGCUUUCCUGAGAGCUUUACUGGGAGACGAGCAGAUUGCUAAGAGUAGAGCAAUAACAAAGUUUUUGCUUGAAAACCCGAUCACGUUGAAUGCGGAGGAGAGAAUCGAUGAAGAAAGAAGGAGAGCGAUGGAUAAUAUCCGAAUCGAAGAACAGAGGCGGUUCUAUGAGAUUGCAAGACAAAGAGCGAGGGAGUUAGACGUUUAUAUGGAAAGUUUCAGACGGGAAAUCGUUGAAUCAAAUGGUCUCACAAAACUUUUUGCGGAGAUCAGGCAGAAGGAUAAACUUGCAGACCUCUCUAUCCAAUACAAAAAAUUCGCUGAAUGGCUCCGUAUCGAAGUGGCGGCGACAAUAUAUCAUCUAUUUCUCGCCGAAGACAACUCCAGCGAACUCUUUGCCCAAGGGAAGAGAAUACACUCACUGAUUCCUUAUACUGUUCUCAAAAACGUUAUCCGUAUCGCCAAUCCUGCUGCCGUCAUGUCUGGUGUUCUUGAUCUAUUCUUAGCCACACCUUUUGGAUCAAGAUCAUUGAUGCAGAGAGUUUUGAGUAUGGCGAUAGGAGACGGUAUCAAGCAGUUGCAGAAAAGCAUCGAUUCGCUAACUUUGGAUAUCGCCGAUCCGGUCUUCUGUACCAAGUUAAAAGGGUUCACAGAGGCAGAUGAGGAGGUUAAACAGCAAAUUAGAGAAGAUGCAGAAGCAGAUCGCGUAGAUAUCAUCGUUGCCAUCCUCAGGAGCGAGUACAUUCAGCCCGAGCUAGAAUCAAAGCAGAUUGAAACGGUGUUCAAUGCUUAUGUUGCAUGGAACAACGCCGUCGAAAACGUCCAGGAUGACAUGAGAGCAUCCGCACAACUAUUUGCGCAUCUCAAGCAGCUACUCAAAUUGUAUACCCGCCAGCGCGAUAAGAAUAUGAUGCUAGAAAUGAUCGGAGAACCAGUAACAUUGCAGCUGUUUAGAGAUUUGUUCACGAUCUUCUAUGAGCCCCUCAUUCGCGUUUACAAGUCUGCAAAUGUCUACAACUCUGUCACCGAUUUUUCAAUAUUCAUCGAUGACAUGAUCAAAGUCGUGGAGAAAGCACAGAAUCAGGACAUGUCUAGCGAUCCGAAUCAGACCGUGCAAUCAUUUAUAGACCUCUGCGCAAGGCAUGAAAACAAUUUCUAUAAGUUUGUUCAUGAAGUGCAUAUACAUGAUGAUGGAUUGUUUGAGAAUCUUAUGGGAUGGCUUGAGGGUAUUCUUGGUUUUCUAAGGAAGGGUCCCUCAGGAGGUGCACUUGACAUGAACGAGUUGAUGAGGCACGCCAUAGAGACUGGUGUAGUUGAUGGCGUUAAGGCCAAAGAUGAGAUAGACCAGUUGAUCAAAUGGCAGGCGAGAAGGAGAAAGUGGCACGAGGACAAGACGAGACAGAAGAUGGCCACCGCCGGUGAAGACCAAUCUGCUUGGUUAUCCACUGGGCCCGAAAACCAGUUUAGCGUUGGUGAUUUUGGCAUUGCUGAUGGUGAUCUCGAUGACCUCAAUAACAUCGACGACGACGAACUAUCCGGCGAUGAAAAUGAAAGCGACGACCAGGCAGACCCAAUUGAGGCCGAGCGAAGGAAACGGAAGAAGAAGCAGGACCACCUCAGGCGGAGAGCAGGCGAACCCGAAAAACCGGUUGUUACGGAGGUUCCGAAGCUGAAGGAGCACUUUUUGUUGCAGUUGAGGCAAGUGUUGGCUGGCUAG